UUGACUGUUAGUCAGUUAUUGUUAGCAUAUGCGAUUGUCAUGCUUACAGUUCUUUCCUUAUCUGCAGUAUCAACCAAUGGUGCUAUCGAAAGCGGUGGCGUUUAUUAUAUGAUAAGUCGUUCACUUGGACCUGAAUUUGGGGGAGCUAUUGGUCUUCUUUUUUAUACUGCGAAUGUUUUUUCUUGUGCAUUAUAUUGUGCUGGAUUUACCGAAGCCCUUCUUAGCAGUCUUGGCGAAGAGAGAGUGCCUUCGAGUGGUACAUGGAAAUUUUUAUGUUGUGUAAUUAUUUCGCUUGUAAUACUCGUACUUUGUUUGCUUGGAGCUAGUCUUUUCGCUAAAACAGCGCUUUUAACCUUCAUCGUGAUCAGCUUUUGUUAUUUCACCUUUCUUUUUUCGUUUCGGAAAAUUAUUUUUUUUAUCUUUGAUAUGUUAAUGAUACUUGUCCCUUCAAAUGCUUCAGAUCCAGAUUCAGAGAAAAUUCCUGAUUUUAAUCAAACUUUAACGGCUAAUUACACAGGAUUCAGUUUAUCAACAUUGGCUGAUAAUUUGCUUCCGAAUUAUACAUAUGAUUAUACUACAACAAAGAAUACCGAUUUUGCCAUUAUGUUUGCAAUAAUAUUCAGUGGUGUAACAGGUCUCAUGGCUGGGGCCAACAUGUCAGGCGAACUAUCUCGGCCUUCUAUUUCUAUUCCACGUGGUACUGUUCAAGCAGUUUUAUUUACAUUUGGAAUUUACGUUUUUACUUCAUUCAUUAUAGCCGCAACAUGUAGCCGAUCUUUGCUUCAUUUGAAUUAUUCGGUAAUGAUGGAUGUGAAUUUGUCACCUUUCUUUAUCUUAAUCGGUACUUUCUCAACCACCUUUUUUUCAUCAAUGAGUAAUAUGAUUGGUUCGUCAAGAGUUUUGAAUCGUGUAGCUCAUGAUAAACUCUUUGGAUUUCUAUUACAUCCCGCUAAAAUCGAAAUUGCUUCCGGAAAUCCAGUUGUAUCUGUUUUUAUAGCUUGGAUAUGUGUUGUGUUAGUAUUCUUAAUUGGGGCAAUGAAUAAAAUAGCAAAACUUACUUCCAUUUUCUUUUUGCUUUCUUAUAUGGGUGUCAAUAUUGCAUGUUUGGCUCUUGAACUAACAAGUGCUCCUAAUUUUCGGCCAAGGUUUAAAUAUUUUUCUUGGCAUACUUGUGCAUUGGGUGUUAUUUCUACAAUUAUUAUGAUGUUGGUCAUUGACGCUGCAAUGAGCGCUAUUGCUGUUAUAAUACUGAUGAUUCUUUUAAUGAUCUUACAUUAUCAGGCUCCUGUGGGAUCGUGGGGAUCGAUAUCUCAAGCACUUAUAUAUCAUCAAGUACGUAAAUAUCUUCUUCUUCUCGAUGUUCGGAAGGAACAUGUCAAGUUUUGGCGUCCUCAGAUAUUACUAUUAGUGAAUCGACCAGCUACUUGUUGCCCUCUGAUGGAUUUUGUAAAUGAUUUGAAAAAAAGUGGUCUUUACGUCAUAGGGCAUGUUCAGCGUGGAUCGAUGGAUGAAAAUAUGACGGGAUUGGACCCUUUGCAAGAGGUUUUCCCUUAUUGGUUAUCCUUAGUUGAUUAUCUCAAAUUGAAAGCAUUUGUUGAACUUACUAUAUCAAAAACAAUCCGAGACGGUAUUCAGCAGCUUAUACGACUUUCGGGUCUUGGUGCCUUAAAGCCAAAUACAGUGAUUGUUGGUUUUCAUGAGAAAACUCCUUCGGAAAUCACUCUUGCAGAGUCGUGUCUUCUUAAAGAUUUAAGAUUUUCGCGAAUUGAUCGUAAUGAAGUUGUAGAAUACUUCACUGCUUCUGAUUAUAUGCCUCGCGAACCCAAUAAUUCUUCUGAACGGCUAUCAAAUGAAGAAUAUUUGCGCAUAUUAAACGAUAUUUUGCAUGUUAAUAAAAAUCUUUGUGUGGCUCGCCAUUUUUCUCGUCUUGAUAAAGAAAGUUUGAGGACUUGGAGUGGCGAAAAGAAAUAUAUCGAUGUGUGGCCAGUCUGCAUACAAAAACCCGGUGAAUCUGGUCUUGGCUGGGGAAACAGUUCAUUAUUUCUCCUUCAAUUGGCUUGCAUAUUAUCUAUGAGUACGGCGUGGCGUCCUUACUGCACACUUCGUGUAUUUAUUUGUGUGAAUAGUCUCCAGGAUAUGCAUAGACGAGAACGGCAGUUGAAAGAAUUAUUAACUCAUCUACGAAUUGAUGCGAAAUCGUUAGUUAUGCCAUGGGAUCAUGUAGUUUGUCACCUUGGCACCACUGAUAUUCCAGAUGCUCCAUCGAGAGAAUCGGUCGAUUUACCUGCGCCAUAUUUAACGGCUAUGAACGAUUUAAUCAAAAGAAAUAGUGGCGAUGCAACGAUUUGUCUCUUGAAUCUACCGAUUCCACCCAGAGAUAUAUCGUUAAGCGAGCGUUAUCUUGAUGUAAUUGAGAUUUUGACUCAAGAUCUUCCUCCAACCCUGCUCGUCCAUGGUAUAUCAUCCGUUAUAUCAACAACAUUGUGA